AUGUCCCUCGUUGCCAACCGCUUGCUGGAUCGGACUUACACCUCUACCACUUGUCUAUCUAGCGACGGCGCCUCCUCCAUAUCCUCUGACCGCCCGCUUCCCCCGCCCGAACCGCCGCAGGUCCUCACCCCGCCCCCGCCUCCCGAUCAGGACUGGGGCUCAUCGGCACCGUACAAGCCUUUUCUAGCCCACGCUCCGGCACCCCAGGACAGCUAUAUCGCAGUAGACACGAAGCCGCACGAAUACCGGCUGAUCGUUCGUUUACCAGGUUUCAGACGGGACGCCAUCACUGUCUCAACCCGCAAGCGGCGCAUCUUACAUGUCGUGGCAGACUCGUGGGAGCCAGAUGGCGGUCAUUUCGAGCAGCGGAUAUCAUUCGGUUAUGAUGCGCUCCUCGCGCAAGUACGUGCCGAGUUCGACGGCGAACACUUGCAAGUGAUCGUCCCCAGAAGGACCUUCCCCACGACGUCCCUCCCUGCAAGAGAGUGA